CCUCCCUCUCUCUCCUCUUUCUGUCUCUUCAACUCAUUUUCAUUUUUCCCUCUCUCUCUAAACCAAUCACUUUCUCUCUCUGCCACCACACGGUUUUGACUAAAAUCAUAAUUAUUGUUAAUUUGUUUUUUUUUUUUUUUAAUUUUCCAGAGAAAAAGUAAAUUAGAUCGGUCCGAUCAGCGUCGGCAAAACAAAACUAGUGAAAAUACACAAAAUAAGCAGAUACGAUUGUCUCUCUCCCCCUCUCUCUCUACAUUCACUCUUCCGAUUCGAGGAGAGAGAAGCAAUUUCGAUAUAACAACACAAUCUGUGAUUAUUGAUUUGUAUUUGUAGCUGAAUCAAUUCGUAUAAAGUAUAAAGAUAUAUGUAUGUUGUAUUGUAUAUGCGUAUUUAGAAUUAUAAGAAAGAUUGUAAUUAUUAUCUCCAAUGCAUUGGUCUCCGAGAAGGCCCCAAGCAACGAAUUCGAUUGAGUCGGAGUCUUCGAUCUGGUGUGAUUGCGGUGGUGGAUCUGAUGGUGAGAAUAUCGGGGGAGGGGUCAGAAGAGGGUUGGGGCGGUCAGGGUGGUUCUAGGGUUUUGAGGAGGGGCUGCAGAGGCGGCGAUGCAGCUUCACUUCUCACCUAGUAUGAGAAGCAUUACGAUAUCGAGCAGCAAUGGGUUUAUUGACUUGAUGAAGAUCAAGGUCGCAGCUCGCCGCAUCUCUUACCGUACACUCUUCCACACAAUCCUCAUCCUUGCUUUCUUGUUGCCAUUCGUCUUCAUUCUCACUGCUCUUGUUACUCUUGAAGGUGUCAACGACUGCUCCUCAAUUGGUUGUUUAGGCAGGCGGUUGGGACCAAGGUUUCUUGGUAGGGUUGAAAAAUCAGGGGGUCUUGUUACAGAUUUUUACAAGGUCCUCCAUCAAGUGAACGACAAGAAAAUCCCAGAUAACUUGAAUCUGCCAGAGUCAUUUAGUCAACUGGUUUCUGAAAUGAAAAAUAACAAGUAUAGUGCAGAGGAAUUUGCUUUGAUAUUAAAGGGAAUGAUGGAGAGAUCUGAAAGGGAGAUCAGGGAAUCAAAAUUUGCAGAACUGAUGAACAAACAUUUUGCAGCUAGUUCCAUUCCGAAAGGCAUCCACUGUCUCUCUUUGCGUUUGACCGAUGAGUACUCAUCUAAUGCUCAUGCUCGCAAACAGUUGCCUUCACCAGAAUCCCUCCCUUUGCUUACUGACAAUUCUUACCAUCACUUUGUCUUGUCAACUGAUAAUAUUCUGGCUGCUUCUGUCGUGGUCUCUUCCACUGUCCAGUCAUCUCUUAACCCUGAGAGGAUAGUCUUCCAUGUCAUCACUGACAAGAAAACUUAUGCAGGCAUGCACUCAUGGUUUGCUCUGAAUUCUGUCUCUCCUGCUAUUCUUGAGGUAAAAAGUGUGCAUCAAUUUGACUGGUUAACAAGAGAGAAUGUCCCUGUGCUUGAAGCUGUAGAAAACCAUAAUGUGGUCAGGAACUACUACCAUGGCAAUCAUGUGGCGGGGGCCAAUCUCAGUGAGAUUACCCCUCGAAUAUUUGCUUCAAAAUUGCAGGCUAGAAGCCCAAAGUACAUUUCGUUGCUCAACCAUCUUCGAAUAUAUUUACCAGAGCUGUUCCCAGAACUUGAUAAGGUGGUUUUCUUAGAUGACGAUGUCGUAGUUCAGCGCGAUCUGUCUCCACUCUGGGAUAUUGACCUUGGGGGCAAGGUUAAUGGAGCUGUAGAAACUUGUAAAGGUGAAGAUGCAUGGGUAAUGUCUAAACGAUUUAGCAACUACUUCAAUUUUUCUCAUCCCCUCAUAGCAAAAAACUUGGACCCUGAGGAAUGUGCAUGGGCGUACGGGAUGAACAUCUUUGACUUGCAUGCAUGGAGAAAGAAAAACAUAAGAGACACUUAUCAUGCCUGGCUGAAAGAGAAUCUGAAAUCAAACAUGACAAUGUGGAAGCUUGGAACUCUACCCCCAGCUUUAAUUGCAUUUAAAGGUCAUGUUCGCCCAAUUGACCCGUCUUGGCACAUGCUUGGCUUGGGCUACCAAAAUAAAACUAGCAUUGAGAGUGUUAAAAAGGCUGCUGUUAUUCACUACAAUGGCCAGGCAAAACCAUGGUUGCAGAUAGGCUUUGAGCAUCUCCGGCCGUUUUGGACCAAAUAUGUUAACUACUCCAAUGAUUUUAUUAGGAAUUGCCACAUCUUGGAGUAGUUGUUAAUCAACCAAAGGAGAUUUUAAGCAGAGAAGAUAAGACGGAAGAUUAAUGCCUUAUGGGGUUAGCUCAAGUAUUUUUUGCAGAUAAAAAAUUUGUGAAUAUUCAUUUGAGAAGAGAAACAGAAGGUUGGCCAGGAAGCUAUACAUUUAAGGUCCAAAUUCCUUGCUGUCCCCUUGCGAAGAAGAGGACCUGCAUCACCAGCUCGGGCAUAUAAGAUUGUUCUCUCUGUCUGUAUCAUACCAUUCCGUCAUAUGUAUUUUUUGAUUGGGAGGACACACUAUUUGGUCCUCCUGAGAGUGGUCUUGCCUAUUCUUAGUGCUUGGAACAAAAUAAUGUGGAAUACACUCAAGAUAAAACAUGACUUCGUCAAUGCCAUAAUCAUACAAGCAGUGCAAGGAGACGCUAGGAAACUGGUCCUUUGUAGGGUCCCAACUUUAGUUCCAUUUAGCCUCAGAAACCUUCUCUUUUUAUCAUUUUGUUUUACGUUCUUGUUAUUUCAACCCCGAUUUUUUCUUCUUUUUUCCUUCUAUAUUAUCAUGGUGAUCUCUAGGUGGUAGCUUGUGAAGAUUACCCUGUUACAGGUUCCAUUGGGUUGGGAAAUUAUUCUUAGGUUAGAUGACCGUAUUUGUUAUUCUGUAUGAUUCAUGAGAAGCAUUCAAAAAUGUGCAGAAAAUUCUUUUUCCCAUUUUUGUCAUCUGAGUGUUGUCACCACUUAAACCGGGAUGAUUAUGUAGCUUUGUAUACUUUAUUGUGUCUUUACAGAUUGGAUACUUCAAUAUUAUUAUCCCUUUGAAAUUAUAUUUAUUGAGUUCUCUCUUUUCUUAA